UGAAUGUGAGGCAUAUAUAUACAUGUAGAAACCAGUCUAGGAUGAGAACAGAACCCAGCAAAAAUGGCACAAGUUACAUUGUUAGGAUUUUUCCCUAGUCCAUUUGUUUACAGGGUUAUCUGGGCACUUAAACUCAAGGGUGUAGAUUAUGAGUAUGUAGAGGAGGAGGAUGUGUUAUACAACAAGAGUGACCGUCUUCUAAAGUACAACCCAGUCCACAAGAAGGUUCCGGUUCUUGUUCAUGACGGAAAACCAAUCGCAGAGUCUGCUGUCAUUCUUGAGUACAUCGAAGAGACGUGGCCACAGAACCCCUUGCUUCCUAAAGACCCUCAUGGACGAGCUCUGGCCCGGUUCUGGACAAAGUUCGGAGAGGACAAGAGCCUAGCCCUGUUUAGAUUUUUCGUUACUGAGGGAGAACAACAAGUGAAAGCAACAAAAGAAGCGCAGGAGCAGUUGAGAAUCUUGGAAGAGCAGGGCCUCGGUGACAAGAAGUUUUUCGGUGGAGACGAGAUUGGAAUGGUUGAUUUAGAAUUCGGGUGGCUAGCUCGGUGGCUGGAAGUCCUGAGUGAAACAGCUGGGGUUAAAGUGAUUGAAGCCGAAAGCUUCCCUCGCUUACAUGCAUGGAUUCAAAGGUUCAAGGAGAUUCCCACAAUCAAAGAGAACCUUCCUGAUCGCAGUGCAAUGUUGACCUAUUUCAAAGGUCGAAGACCAACAUUUCUUGCUUUAGCAAAAUCUUAAACACUAGCUAGCUAGAACCUGCUUCUGCUGAGCUUCUACUUCUCAAACAAUGAUAUAGCUAUUAGCUGAUGUAAGGUUGUUUCUGUAAUUUUCUUAUCCACAUCAACUCCAGCAAAUAAAAGCUUGCAGCUUGAAUAAACAUAUAUUUCCAUGGA